CCAGUCAGAUGUCAGACUUCCACGACACGAUGGACCAACUGACAUUCGCGAGGGAGAAUCGUGAGCGUAUCCACGCAGUGGAGAAUUCAUUCGGCCCGUCGGGGAGGCCCCUGGACAAGCCGGAUCGGAUUCUGAUGGGAGAAGGCCACCUGAUGAAGCAGGGCAGACGGAAGCUGGAGCAGAAGGCCUUCUUCCUCUUCAAUGAUAUUCUGGUGUACGGCAGCAUGGUCCUGAACGGCCGCUGGCACAAAAAACAGAAGAUAAUUCCUUUAGAGGACCUCCAGCUGGAGGACGUGGAGGACGGUCUGGGAUUGAGGAACCAGUGGUUAAUCCGAACACCACGCAAGUCCUUUUUCGUGUCGGCCAGUACCUACGAGGAGAAGCGGGCCUGGAUUGAUCACAUCGAACACUGCCGUGCCGGCCUGCUGCGGGGCAGCAGCUGCCAGCCCGGCUCCGCCUUUGCUGUUUCCUGGAUCCCGGACCGAGCCGCCUACAAAUGCAUGCGCUGCUUCGGGAAGUUCACGCCAACCAGGCGUCGACACCACUGCAGAAAAUGCGGCUUCCUGGUCUGCAACGCAUGCUCCAAGACGCGAGCAGUGAUAGGCCACAUACACGCCACUAAGAAGUUGAGGGUCUGCAGGAUUUGCCACACGAGGAACGCAGAAGGAGAGAAGUCUCGCCUGAGUGGAGACAGCACUGGAAAGAACAGCUCGGAGGAGGACGACGCGGCGUCAUCCAGUGGCGAAGAGGGGGACGAGGAGACGAUGCAGGACUACACUGCCAGCAGUUGGGUGGACUCCCGCAUGGGCACUUGGGGACAGAUUGGCACCAACAUUUUCCAAGGACCAACGCUUCCCCGCACUUCCCCCGAGUAAAACAUAACCACCCCAAGACUGCUGCGGCCUCUCAGACACAGCCGACGUAUGCACCAUCAUUAAGCAUCCUAUUCGAGCGUGGGACUUUUGAAUGGACUCUGCGGAAGAAGUUCUAGAAACAGAAAAUCCGUCCAGACGUGUUUUGAGAAAUACAAAAAUACUCUGCUUUGAAUAAUGAUUUGUGAAUGAUAAGUUUAAUUAACUGCUUCAAAACUCUUGAUAUUGUACCAAACUCAAUUGCAUAAACACUGAAUAAAUACGCAAAUAUUUUUAGUUUCAAAAGUUCAACCGCUGUACACAGUAACGUCCUCUGAAGAGUUAAUUCUCAGCAUAGUGUGUGCACUGGAGGCUUUACGUCUCCACAUCGGACUCGUGCAAACUGCAUAAUAAGUUGUGAUGUCACAAAGUGUGCUCAUAGGCGUGAAAAACAAAUAUUUGAUCGAAGGGAGACAAAAAACGAUGUAUUAUAUCUGUACAUAUUUGCUGCUGUCAUUGCUGCACUUUUUUACUUUUUUUGAACUUGGUUCAUUAAAACAUACCCAAACUUUGAAAUGAUCCUAGAACAAUGAAAAAAACCAAAAACAGGUAAAAGAUGUUUGUCUCUUGUGAUGAUUUGAUUGUUGAGUGUCAAGUUGGACCCACCAAACUCACUGUCGCUUUACCUUCCCUUGUCAUGAUACACACAGUUUUCAUUCUCAGUUUAGAAUCUGUAUAAUGAGGCUAACGAUCACGAUGCAACAUUUUAUUGGCUUGUGCAAAUUAUAGUUUGAUUGUGCGAGGAGAUUUAUUUAAAACAUAUUUUUUAUCAAAUUAUAUUCAUUUAUAUUCAUCUUUUCAUUUAUUUAUUAAUUUGUAUUCUGUUUAUUCUGUCACUGAGUAAGAAUCGACUGCUUUUUGUCAUCCAGGCAGUACAAGAUCCAUUGAAUAAGGUCAUAUUGGCACUGGUAUUGAUCUAGUCAGUGUGUAAAUAGUCAGCCCCUCUAUAUGGUUAAUAGACACAAAAUUGAUAACUGUAAAGAUCAUAUACAUAGGAGAAGGCAUUCAUGCAUAACAGGGGUCGUCGGCAGAGACCAGAGCUCUCAACAAUUAGAGCAGUGGUAUUUUUUUGAGAGGGGAUGACAGUCAAAUGACCAUGAUCUUGAACUCAUGCAGUUGAAUUGAAUAGUGUUUGAUUAACUGAUUUAACUACUCUUGACAUUAACUGUCUCCUCUGUGAACGUGGACAGCUGGUUUGCAUUUUUAUGACAGUUCCAAUAACACAAGUUCCAGUUCCAUGCUAUAAAUGUGGAAUUGUUUGUACAUUUUUUAAUGAAAUUAUCACUUGAACUUACACAUGUACAACAAACAUGCUAAUGAGUGAAAUAAACAUUCAUGGAUCUCUGAGGGUUAAUCCCUCGUGUGGCAAACCAA